AUGGCUUAUGAAGAGCGCAGCAGUGACGGCAGCAGCUCCAGCGAAGCCCAGGACGUCUACGCGAACAUGAUUGGCGGCAAAACGCCACCGGCGCAGACGCCGGGCAGCACCAUGCCCAAACAUGUACCAUUUCCGGAACACUCCAACACAUCCGAGUGGCUAAGCGAGCUGAUAAUGUGUGCCUUUACUAUGGGAGCAGCCAUUGUGCAGUUCAUAAACAUAUAUCGCACAAACUGGUGGCUGUCCCAGGCUCACACAAGGCACAUGGUGAACAUAGAGCUAAUUGAUCCGUAUUUACGAUAUCUGAUACUCAUACUCAAUACGCGAAGGCUGGUAUACUGUGUUCUGCUGGCCAAAGUGAAGGCAAACGAGAAGACGCAACAUAUAAUACGCACGGCCAUCAAGUACACAUUUGGUGGCUUGGUGCAGCUGGGCUUGGGCUUGUGUGCUCUGAAACUGUAUCAGAAGCACAGCUACGUAUUGCUGCUCUUCCUGACCUAUCCAGUGAUAAUCUAUCUGCUCAUCUUUGGCUUCCAACUGGAGCCAUUUCUGCGCACCCGCUUCGAGCUGCCCGGUGUCUACAUAAACGACAUGCCUGUCCACAGCUGCACUACCAACGCUGUACGCAUUCGCGAGGAGAUCGAGACGUUGCGGCACGACUUCAACAAACGGUUCAAACAGCUCAUAUUCACCUCAAUGCUCAAUGCCUACUACAGCGGUCUGGUGCCAUGUUGUCUGGCCGUGAACGUCAACUACAACGUGAUGCGGGCCGCACAGCAUUGCAUCAUUGUGUGCCUGGGGGCGUUUAGUUUAUGCGCCGCCUACCUAUAUCCCGCCAGGUACAGCGACAUUUUGCACAGAGCCACCUUGCACUUGGGCUGCUGGCAGCGAAUCGAUCGGGACCCGGCGCCAUCGCAACUAAUUGUGGCCGCUAGUGCGUUCACCUGGUCGAAAUUUACGGCCUACGGUCAUGGCAUUGUGGUUAAGCACAACGGAGGACUCUAUCGCAGCCUGGGACUGGUGACGGUGGCCACACCCGGAAAUGCCAGCCAUGUGCGCUUCUAUAAACUAUUCCACAAUCCCACUGUCAUUUACUCGACGCUUGCCACUCUGCAGGCAGCCAUAUUGCUGGUGGAGAUCGCCUCUCUCAGUCCGGCCACCAUCGAGUGGCACUUUGUGCUGUCCAUCAGCUUUGUGGCAUUCACCAGCAUGGGAGCAUUCUUCAAGCUAGUCCGAGACUAUCUCAUAACCAAGGAUCUGUACAAGGCUGAGCAUGGCAGCACCCCACCCGAACGACCAUUUAAACUGAGUCUCAGAUCUGAAUUUAUGUAAUAAUAACCAUGACGUAGACACAA